ACCCGGGAGCGAGAGGACAGCCGGCCAUGGCCGACGGCUUGAGGCGGCUGGUAGCCGCGGAGAGCGGCAGGGUGCUACAGGAGAAGCUGGAGAGCUGGUACCGGGACUACGAGAUUAAUUCCUGUGAUCAGAAUCUAAACCGAUGCUGUGAAAUAAUAGAAUUGAACUCUGGGAUUCAAGGGCAGCUCUUCACAAUCCUCAAUGAAACAGCUCAAGAAGGUGGGCAUUAUGCAGGCGUGGAAACAAUAAAAACUCGUCUCCUGCCAUGGCUAGGGACUUGUUUUUCCUGUGCUACUUCAGGAAGGCUCUUUGAAACCAACCUCUCUCUCACUCAGGAUUCAAUUGAGAGAGAGAGGCAGCUGAGAGACCUGGCCAGCAGUCAGACUCUUCAACUGCAAGAGCUGCAGGAAGAACUGACUUCAACUCGUCUACAGCUCAGCCAUGUGCAGCAAGAUCUGAAGACUUCCCGUGCCCAAGAGAAGGAUGCCCUGAGGAAGUUAGAUCGUCUGAAUGACUAUGAGCAGCAGAUUCAAAUACUGCGGGAUGAAAUUUCUAUCCUGGAUGCCCAAAAGUCUGUUCUCCAGAGCAGGCUUGCACGGAGCCGCUCUCCUUCCCCAAGGCGCGGUGAGAACAGGUCACCUAGUCCACCUUGUCUGAGGAGCUGCUCACCUGGCCAAGCCAGGCGUACAAACGCUUCGCGUCGCGCCUGCCUGGUAGCUCGAUUUGGUGACAUCUAUGCUCAGGAACGCUUGGAUGCAGAGACCCUUUUGAGGACAUACAUCAGUGACACGGAGAUGGUGCAGAGGAUAAUAUUCAUUGCAGCUGUGGAGUCUUUUCAUGCAGCAAAGAUGGCCUACAGGCAGUUCAAAGUACGUGUAAGAGAGACUCUGUCUCUAGGUCACUCGGGGCCUGAGUCUCUUGAAGACACUGUCCUGGAUUAUAUAGUUCGCCACGAGGAUCUGUAUGACGUUCAAGCCAGUGUCAAUGAAGUAAUUCGCUCCAUGAACAUCAACCCAAAGAUUUCAUUUCCACCAGAAAUUGAUUUCAUUGUGAUCAGCACUUUGAUUCGAGAGUUGUGCCGUGUGGCUUUUUCAAUGCAGACACUCAUUCCUCCUCUUGAUAUUGCUUUUGGUAUUGAUGGAGAACUCUUCAGUGAGACCAAGUACCAUCGUAGUUUUGACUCUGAUUUCACAGCUGCCUUGGUGGCCUAUCAUGUAUGGCCUGCUCUGAUGGAAAACGAUGUUGUAAUUGUGAAGGGAGAGGCAGUCACAAAAAGAGGAGCUUUGUGGUCUUGCAGAAGUAGAAGCAGAAGCAGAAGCCGCAGCCGCAGCCGCAGCACCAGUCCUCUUCUGUCUCAUCGUUUGUCUCGAAGCCGCAGCCCUUCACCAGUGAGGAGCGGAAGCCCAAGACGUUAACGGAACGUGUUCCUGUCAUUCAGUACAUCUGGAUACAACAACUUCACUGGUGCCUUUUCUCUUCAAGAAUACCUCAAAUCUUGCAAUAAUGUGAAUGGCGAUUGUCACUCCAAAUGGAGUUUGUGUUCAGUGUGGUUUUUAGAAUUAUAAAAGGCUUAUUUAUAAUUUUAGAAACUAAUUCAACCCUUCUGAUUUAAAAAAACAAAAGUGCAUGCAAUACAGGAUCAUACUUGUUUGGCAGAAUUUGCAGAGCACUGCAUGCUGUAAUCCUCCAGAUGGAGAUAGAAUUAUUGCUUCUAGAAUGUUUUCCACAGAUACCAAAUGAUGCAAUUUAUCUCAAUAGGAUGUUUAAUAUAACCUAAAUGGUGAACAUUGCAGAAUGUUGAGGUUAGCUGUCACUUGAAAACAGUUUCAUUAAUUGGUGCUUAUUUACAAUUUUAGAAAAUAGCAAUAAUCUUAGGAUGUGCCAGUCUCACACAGCAUCCUUUUAAAUACGUCCUUGUGGUAAGCUGAAUUUUCUAACUACAAUGCAAAAAUUGCACAAAAUGAUCAUAAACUACCAAUACUCCAGCAAUCCCCAGGACUUCACUGACAUUUACUUAUGAAAGCACAGGUGUGUGCUUUAGCAAGGCCAUAAUAGUCCUUGUUAAAUUUGUUUUUACUUAAAAAGGAGUAUCAUAAAAAAUUGUAGUUUGGAACUUGAAGUAUUUUGAAAGUGUGCCAGUGGUUAUUUGUGGGCUUGAAAUAUUUGCUUGAGGUGGCCUAUUCAGUAUCACUUUUAAUGGGCUUUCAUACCAGAUCGAUAGAUUAGUAAUUCUUGUGAACACAGUAAAAAACCCCCACCUGUCCAGUUAUCUCUGUGGGUGUUUAUUACAUUUUAAGUGUAAAAAUUAGAGACCUAAAGAGAUUUUAUUCUGGCACUUUAAAUAGUUUGUUCCCCUUGUAAAUGUCUAUUUCAAUAUCAGCAUUUUUGUUUUCGAGAGAACUGAUGCUGUCUUUCUCUCAGAACCUCAUCUGUAGGACCAGCUUUAAAUACAAGCCACACAAGCGAUGGCUUGGGGCCUUGUGCUUUUAUGUAAAAACGUAGGAUUUGUCAUAAUGGAGCUGAUGUGUAAUUCCCAACUCCACGGUCUCAUUCCAGUCGAUACCUGAUGAUUCAAAGGUAUGUGGUGCUUUCCCCAGAUUCAUCUCCACAAUUUUGGGAUAUAACAAUCAGAAAGAGGAAAAACUCCUUUCUGCCUCUUCUUUUAAUCAGCCUACCGGAACAUGACACUUCAUUAGUACCGCUGUAAUAACAUGAGCAAAAAGAUUUUUAUUAGGUCUGAAACUAUUUUGUCUUUGAAGUUAAGUUACAGGAGCAGAUUUUGUGUUCCCUUUCCAGGGAUCUGAUGCAGAUUUACACAUCUAUGCUCUUUCUCUCUACUUCUUAUGUGGCUUGAGACUUUGGCACAGGAUCAGAUUUCAGGCAGAUUUUAGUGUCCCCAUGAGCCAUGGAUCAGCUGUGACUCUUGUUCUACAGAUGUGUUUUCAUUGGAAUUAGGCCCAUUAAUAACCAAUGAGAGCAAAAUGAGGUCCUGUACAUAGAGUGUCAUUCACAGGGACACUCUGAAUGAACAAGGGGACACAAAGGCACAUGCACAUUAUGUGGUCUUGUUAUCUAAGGAAGUCACAAGAGAAAAUGCAACUAAGAGCCUGAUUGCUGGUCACAGCUAUGGAUCUGGGCUUGAAGUAAAACUGCAUAUUUCUGCACUGAUCUCAUGACUAAAACCACCACAGUUCUGGAAAAACUGAGCACCUGCAACGUGUGUGGCAACAGAAGAUAUUUGGAUGUCCCGAGUGUGGUUUUGAGCAGAAAAAGGAUGACUCUCUCAAAAUCUUGUAAUUACCAAGGACUAAGGAGAUGCGGUUUUUUUAAAAAAUUAGGUGUUGUAUGUUUGUCUUCUGCAUGUAAUUACCAAGACCUGUCUGUAUUAUGAUUUUGAGCUGAAGUUAAGUUUCCAUACCAACUGUGAGAAAACUAAGACUACAUGAAGGAAGUAUGUUUUUCUUGACAAGCAUGAGAGGAAGAGUAGUUCCAGACUUGCACACACCUGUGAUGCUGCUAGGAACUAUUAUUCCCAAAAUGGCCAUUAAAGACAAAUUCGCAGUGCAUGGUGGACCAUCUCAUCUUACUCCCCCAGCAGGUACCUAGAGAACUAGUUAGUCUCAAAGUAAAAGAGAAAACUAAUGAAAUGACAGCCAAUGAUUCUUUUUAGUAGUAAAAAAGCAGCUCUAGAAUUAUUUUUUUUUUUUUGCAUAAUGUUUCAGAGUGGAACAAACCAUUUUCAGCAAAGUAGGAACUCAGUCCACAGCAUGGUAACAGUUAGUUAAACAAACCUUACUCUACUCAGUUGUACUCUGCAGCCCAUAGCCUUUUUAUAGGAAUAUAUUGUUUUGUACUCGUUGCCUGCGCAGCUUAUUUGUAGCCAAUUAAAUCUACAGGUCAGAUAGAAGAUUGCUUUUUGUGCCAAUUUAGACACUAACAGCUCCUGUGCUGCUUUUUAUCGACAUGGCAACAGUGCAGAGAAUGCAUACCGAUAAAGAUUAUGAGGAAUGAACCAGCAAAUGCAAAAUAACUUAUAAAAAGGGACUUCUCUAAUUGCUUGUAAGACCCUAUGAAAGAACAGAUCGUGAAUGCAAAACUGAUGACUUCACAUUUUAAUAAGAGUUUCUAAAAUCUUAAGUAAGAUUUUUUUAAUUUGCUUUUUUUCCUCUAAAUCACAAGACUGGAUAAUGCCACACUUGUAAAUACAGCAAAGUAGAAACAGAAAGGGUGGAUUCUAAUAGGUGACAAAUAAAUAAAUUAAAAAAGCCAGUAAGGCUUCCAUUACAAGAUAGUUUUAGAACAGUAUAAUCAUGAUCAAAAUGUUAAUACCAGGAAAAAGAAGGCAGUUUUUGAGCUAAUUUAAACUGUGCAGAUGGACUGGUGGAAGUGAGGCUGCACGGGAUGUAAAAAAGCACCACCUUUGGGCCAAGGUGUUCAUGUAGAGCAGCACAUGCUUGUGAGGGAUUUUAAGAUUGCUGGAGAAUUUCUCCUGCGUGUCAGCUCUUUGAAGGCUGAUUAACGUCUGUCUCAGUUCAAAGGCUGUCCCAGAGUCAGUCUAAACAUGUGGAUGUUUUAUCACCUAUUUCUGGGAAAAUGCAAUCUCAUAAAAAUAUCUUCAGUCUUCCUUCUUCAAUGUUUGCAGCUCAAUAACAUAGAGAUUCAUGCAGAGUUAGCAGAUACUGAGAGUGGAUGACUGAGCUAAAUUUGCUACUGCACGAUGAAGAUUUAAAUUCAGAAAUUAUCUUAGAUAGAUUCUUUCAGCAUCCUGACAGGAGAAAGAAAGUUGGGAGCAGGAGGUUGGUGAAGUCCUCCCAUCAGUGAGCUGUGGUGCUGAUUCGGUCUUGUAGGAGGCUCUGGAGAUGAGUGGUAAGUUAAAGCAAAAAUACUCUACAGCCUGAAUCAAGUAAAUGUGAAGGCCAAAAAUUAUCAAAAUGUUCCCUGGAAAAUUGCCUGUACAUCCUCUGGGAUUUGAGCCUUUUAACUUUACUUUUAUAUUGCAUGUAUGUACUGCAAAAGUUUGUCAUCCUGUAAAAGUGCCAUCAGAAUUAAAUAGUCUUUCAGCUUUAUGUAACCUUUGUCAGCAGUUUUUGAUUGGUGUUAACUGCACAAUGAUUUUCUUACUGUAGCAUUAAAGAAAUGAAAGUCUGUUCAUUAUGGCUCGCAGCUACAUUAGCAUGUGUUCAAAUGGAAUGUUUUAAGCUUCAAGACUGUGUCAUGUUUCUUUUAGUCGUGCAGUUAGCAAGUAUACUAAAGAAAUGUACAUUUCAUUUUAUGCUGGUUUUUGAUAGUCUAAAACCACACAUGUAAGUAAAUGCAUCACAGGCUCUUGCUGACACGCAGGUGUGUUGUUUACGUGGAAGCUGUACCUUUCAUUUGGUAAACAGAGCACAACCAUGGACCACUUUACUGUUAGCAGAUGAAGGCACAAACACAGAUGAAGUGGGUGGUGUAUUUAUACUUUCUUAUGGCUUUGAGAAGGCGACAGUUCUGCGUUGUGAAACCCCAGUUCUCAAAGUAACGUUACCUGCUUGAAAGUAAAAUGUCAGCAUAAAGAUGCUAUUUACCACUGUUAGUAUUGC